UAUGAUAUUUGGGCUUCAUACAAGUACCUGAACACACACCACUUGACCCCUCCAAACACCCACCUGUCAUGCAAGAGUGGUCAAGUGCAAAGCGUUGACACCCUUCAACAUCAACCACCCAAGUCGGCAUGGUGGGGGCGAAAUUUAACUUAGUAUGAAAACCCAACCACAAGUGGGUCAAGCAUGACAUCAUCCAAGGAGGGUCAAGCAUGAUGUCAUGCAAAGGGGGUCAAGCACCAAGUACCAUAGCCGCCUACCUACCUUACAUUAGGGUAUCAAGCAUGAUGCCCCCGCAAGGGGGGCCAUGGAGAGUACCCUUAGACGUGAUGGGCAAAGAAGACAAAAAUUGGCUAAGUGUUCAUAACCAACCACAAGGGGGGUCAAGCAUGAUGUCAUGCACUCGGGUAUCAAACAUGAUGUCGUGCAAGGAGGGUGAUAUCAACUACCUCUAGACGUGGCAAGGGAAGAAGGGCAACGCAAGUCCCUAGAACGUGGGGGCAAAGAAAAGCAAAAUAUGGCUAAGUGUUGAGACCUAACCGCUAGGAGGGUCAAACAUGACAUCAUCCCAGGGGGUCAAACAUGAUGUCAUGCAAGUGGGGUCAAACACCAUGCUGCCUACCUACCUUUCACUCGGGGGUAUCGAGCAUGUGGCGGCAAAAGAAUGUGAAAUUUUGGCUAAGUGUUGAGAUCUAACCACAAAGGGGGUCAAACAUGACAUCAUCCAAGGGGGGUCAAGAACUAAACACCAUGGCUACUAUCUACAGUGUGCUAGGGUGUCAAGCAUGGUGUCGUGUAAGGAAAUCAUCAACAAGUAGCACCCAUGUUAUGCCUAAUGAGUAGUUAUGCCAGCAAUGUAUAUCAUUACAUGGUAGACCGCCUUGUCAAGACCCUGCAAACAUGAUGCCACCCCAAGGGGGUCAGUGUGCAUCUAUCAGACCCCCCCCCCCCCCAAGCACCCUAGUGUCGAGGGUGGUUAGCAUGAGUACCACCAAGCUUGAAGCUCUCACUCACCAAGCAAGACACCUCCAUGGCACAAGGGGAUAACUAUCAAGUGAAGCCAUCAAGGUGAAAGGUAUCAAGUGGCAAGCACGUAAGACAGUCAAGGCGUCAAGCAAGCUACAUCAAGCACCAAGCAAAAGAGAAGCGGUUAGCAAGAGACGGUUACACGACGGUUACAAGAGAUGGCUAUAAAUAGGAGAAGCGAAAAUGAAGUAAGGGUUCCACAACCAUUCAUUUGACCCACAAUGUCAAACUUUUAUCCUUUCUCUGCAAAUUAGUCAUUGUUUUUGGAGCUCUCACUGAACCUCUAUAAGAGUAGGAGUAAUUUAACGUAGAUUGUUCCAAAAACCAUAAAAAAAACAUCAAACGCCCUCGUUCGAAGAUUGUUCGGAGAGGUGUGAAUUGUUUUUAGAAUCGUUGUUCAAGAAGUCAAAUGUACAUUGAUUGAAAUCAAACACAAAAUUUUCCUCGCCGGAAAACAGAUAUUAAGCUAUGGUCAAAGCCGGAAUUACGGGUGGUCCAACCGAAAUGACAGGUUUUCCGAUCCUCGAAUAUAUACAGCGUCGUUUUGCUGCCAAACUCUGGGAAAAGUUGGUACGGACUUCGGAUGGUUUUUCGCGAAUCUGAAUUGCGACUUCAUUUUUUUGGCUCUUCCUUUUACCCUUCCUCUUCGACUUCGUGGACCCUAGAAAAUCUAUCCAUCCUGCAUAUUGACAGAGGCUCACCGCUCCAAUCCCAAUCUAGAGAAGCAGAGACAGAUCGUCGGGCGGGCGAAGGGUUGAUGCAAGGAGAGAACAACAUCGACGUUGAGGUAAAAGAGGAAAAUGAAGUAGUGACGGAUAACAUAGAGGGACUCAUCACCGCCGCCGCUGCGAGGUUUCUUCAAUCCCUCUGGAGAUAGCCUGAUAUGGAGAUUAGCAGAAUGAUAAGAUGCGCUCACUCGGCUCAAUUUAGUAAAUUUGUUUUGUUGGUGUUGUAGAAAUUGGCCGAAUGAUUGACUUUGAUUUGGUUUAUCAGAGAUUGGUUGAAUCUAUGUUUCAAUUUCUUCAGUAUAUUGCACUAAAUUAAAAACGUUUUCUGCAGCAGAAGGUUGUACACCUGUCAUAAUUUGUUGUCAACGGGCUCUUUGCAUUUUCAUAUAGUACUACUUACCAACUUAUGAUUUCUCAAACUUUUACCUUUUCUUUUAAACCAGGCAUAAAUUGAAACCGGUUGCAUUUUGGUCGAACUAUUCCACUAACAAAACCAGCAUUAUUGUAUAAAUCAGUUUAACAAACUUGGUAUUAGCCAAAAUAGAAGGGAGUUGCUAAAGGUCGCCCUUAAAAUUGCUAAAUGUUACCAUAAAAACAUCAAAGUUACAAAUUUAACCUUUUAGCUUCUUUACUUUUCUUUUAGCAAACAAACACCACUUAGUAAAGAAAAUAAAUCAUUAUUCAAAAGAUUUUCCCUAAAAAAAACCAUUAUUCAAAACAGAGAAUCCAUCGUCGUCAUUCUGGAGUUGGAAUAGUCGAUAUGAUGUCUGGAUCAUGACUAGCGACUUUGUAUCGGUAAAGUUCACUCCAAAAAUGAAAAAAGGGAACCGUAGCUCACUUGCGGUUGCACCAUGGGCCAACUGCAGCUCACUUGUGGUUGCACCAUGGACCAACCAUAACUUGCCCUAGGUUGAGCGUUUUUUUGAAAAUUUCGGUAGAGAACGGGCGACGACGACGGCGGGAAAGGCACUGGCGGACUGGUGUGUCGAGAGGGAUUCGCGAAGAAGACAGAUGAGGGGUUCAGUUUGAGGAGUUAGGGAUUGUUUGGUUUGUUUAAAUUUUGAAAUUUUAUUGGGGAUAUAUAAGUCAUUUAUCAUUAGAGUUAGAGCGACCGUUAGCAAUUUUAAGGCCAACAUUUAGCGAUUCAGAAAUUUGGAAAGUUAAGCGCUAAGCCAAGAACGACAUAACAAACGACGCCGUCUCGGCACCCAAAACCCGGGUAAUUAGCAUAAAAGGUCACAAACCUAUUCACUUUGUACGAAACGGUCACAAACCUAUUCAUUUUGUACGAAACGGUCACAAAUCUUUUAUUUUGCACGUUUCAGUAACAUACGUUUGAGAGAAUAACGAAAUGGUCAUUCCAUCCAUCUCCAUCCAAAAAACCGUUAGUUUUGUCCAGUCAGCACGCCAUGUCACUUAAACUAUUAAUAAAAAAAUCAGUGACCAAACCCAAUUGAACCGGACAACCCAAAAAAAACCCUAAUGUUAUACCACCCAAAAUAAUGGAGACUCUUUCCUUGAAAAAAAGAUCUCGACGCUCCUCUGCCAGCGUCGGCGGCCUGAACCGAAGUCCCCACGUCGAUCGCUUCCCCGACUCUCCCACAACAGCACCCAUCAAUCAAUCAAUCUUGGACCUGAAUAUGCUCUGGUGAAGGGCUUUGCUCAACACUGCGCAAAGGGGAAUUCAUGUAAGCGCCUAAAACAAUCUCCCUUUGGCCUCUACGCUUCCUUUUUUUCUUUUCCAAUUGCCCACCGUGAUGAUACGUAACGCAACAAAAGAAAUUACAGAUCUUGUUCCGUUUGCGGGAAGGUCGUGGCCGAUAGGACCUCCGCCACCGGCGAUCAGAAAAUGGCAGUCGUCAAGUCUGGAAUGGUAGGAUCGAAGAGAGCCUGGAAUAAUGUCGUCGCAAUCAUUGACACUGACACCGACGAUUCCGAUCCGAUGACUACAGCUAGCGACCGUCAUCCUGAUGACGAUUGGGGAUUACUCGAUGAUUAGUUUAUGAACAACACCGUUCAUCUGGUUCAGCGGCGACCCCAAUCGCCUUUCAGAACGACGACGUGAGCAGGGGAAAUAGGGGGAGUUUGCUUCAGGGCGGCGACCCGACCAGGGAAGCGAACCUCCGUUUGUUUCGGUCAGCGACGCUACCGGAGAAACUAUCGGUGACUGGAGAUUCCUGAGGACGGGUGGUAUAAAAUUAGGGUUUUUGGUUGGGUUGUCCGGUUCAAUUGAAUUUGGCCAUUAAAUUUUUUAUUAAUAUUUUCUGUGACAUGACAUGAUGACUAGACGAAACUAACGGUUUUUUUGGAUGGAGAUGGACGGAAUGACCAUUUCAUUAUUUUCUCAAAGAUAUAUUACUGAAACGUGCAAAAUGAAAGGUUUGUGACCAUUUCAUACUAAGUGAAUAGGUUUGUGACCUUUCAUGCUAAUUACCCAAAACCCUAUUGAGCUGAGACUCCAGAGUCGGGACUCUCUGUGCAGGUUCUUGUCCAAGAAAGAAGAGAAAAAGAAAAAACUCUCUUCUACUAGAGUUUUGCUUCUCGGGCUUUGCUGGCUGUUCUUGUAUUUCAUUAUUUUCUCAAAGAUAUAUUACUGAAAAGUGCAAAAUGAAAGGUUUGUGACCAUUUCAUACUAAGUGAAUAGGUUUGUGACCUUUCAUGCUAAUUACCCAAAACCCUAUUGAGCUGAGACUCCAGAGUCGGGACUCUCUGUGCAGGUUCUUGUCCAAGAAAGAAGAGAAAAAGAAAAAACUCUCUUCUACUAGAGUUUUGCUUCUCGGGCUUUGCUGGCUGUUCUUGCAUUUCAUUAUUUUCUCAAAGAUAUAUUACUGAAAAGUGCAAAAUGAAAGGUUUGUGACCAU